AUGGCCACCUACCGCGAAUAUGGAGGCUUCCACAUCGACACUCUCGGCCGCGCCGUACGCAAAACCCUUUUGAACGAGAGCAUCACCCUGCCCCUCGCCCUAGCAGCAACCUACCUCUCCCAGCCCUCUUCCGCAGCCAUACUCACCAAGCUCCUCCACUACAUCACCACACUCGGCAUCAACCCCAAGACCCUGAACCUCCCCAAGUUUGCCCGCCUGGCACUUUACUUAGGUGCCACAGGCCUCGCCCUAACCACUAACGAUACCCUCAACAAAUGGGUCGCGAACAACUGGACGCGCAACAGCAGGAGUGAAUGGGCCGACUGGUCCAAGGAGAUCGUUGUCGUAACGGGCGGGAGUAGUGGCAUCGGCCAACACAUUGUCCAAGGCCUUUUGAAACGCAAUCCCAGGACUACCAUCGUCAUUGUCGACUUUGCCCCUCUCUCAUGGGUUCCUCCAGAGGGUAUGCUCGGUAAGACUCUGCAUUACUACCAAGCCGACCUGAGCAAAGCCGACGUCGUCGAGGAUGUGUGUGCCCGCAUCCGCAAGGAAGUUGGUCAUCCAACAGUCCUGGUCAACAACGCGGGCAUCUGCCGCGGCUUCACCAUCGCCGACGGCACCUACGCCGACACGGACGCCACGCUGCGGACCAACCUUACGGCCCCCUUCCUUCUGAUUAAGGAAUUCCUCCCCCAUAUGGUCAGCACAAAUCACGGACACAUCGUCAACAUCAGCUCCAUGUCCGCCGUUGUGCCGCCGCCGGAAAUGGUCGACUAUGCGGCGAGCAAGGCGGGGUUGUUUGCCAUGCAUGAGGGGUUAUCACUGGAGCUGAAGUAUAGGUACAAGGCGCCGAAGGUUAGACUGACGUGUCUAUUGCCAAAUUUUAUCCGAACGCCGCUCCUUACGGGGAAGGCGAGACACCCGAAGCAGCCGCAGUUUUUCGCACCGUUGUUAGAUGUUGAAACUAAGGGUGGCCCUGAAUGGCUCUUCCGGACUCUCGUCUUCAGCACCACCAGGAAUAUGGACGUCGAGUUCAAGGGACGGCAGAAGAUUGAUGAGACUGGUGGUCUGAUGGCCAAUUAG